AUGAUAUUGUAAUUGCCCGAGGAUGGUGCUAUCUUGCGCCAUCCUCGGACAAUUUAAAAAAUGGCCCCACACCGGAAUUGAACUCACGUUUGGGGCCAUUUUUGGUGCGUGAAAGUCGAUGUUCUCCACAUACCAAAAAUGGCCCCACACGUGGGGUUCGAUUCCCGGUGUGGGGCCAUUUUUGUAUUGCCCGAGGAUGGCGCAAGAUAGCGCCAUCCUCGGGCAAUUACUAUAAGUGUGAAGACCUUAUGAAAAUCGCCCAUAUUUGUUCAAAAAUUUUUCUUACAGAAGAGCAACUCUGUCAAUGCUUUCUCUUUUUUUUCAAGAGAUACAAAUAUUCAAGAAUACAAAAAAUGAUUUUCUCUUUCCUAUGAUUUCACAAACUCUGAGGAGUAUAAACAAGCAUCUGAAAUUCUCAUAAAAAAGACUUGGAAGCAAGGAUUAGCAAGUUUAAAGUAUUAA